UGGUGUGCAUUUUCCUCCUAUUGGAGGUUCGCCUUCACAACAAAACAAGGAUCUAGCUGCAUGCAUUUCAACUACCUAUGCAUUCCGGAAUCCUGAUAGGUAAUAUCUCCGGCUGCUGUGCAUUGCCGUGUUGCGGUACGGCCUAUAUAGGAAAGUUUCUUCGAGCCGUAUGAUCGGCAUCGAAGAAUAUCUUUAAAGCAGUAGAGUCGACCGGGCUGCCUUGCAUCUUUCACACUUAGAAGUUGUUCUUGAAACGCUCGGAUAGUAUUAAACAUUGCCGGAGAACAUUUCUAUAGGAGGAGCGGCGAAUUAAAACUUUACGAUCGUUGCAUAUCACCGCCAAAACCCUGCCGCAUCUCGCAUCUCGGGUUUUACAUUAAAUUGCAUCACAACGAACGGCCAAUCUGUGAUAGAGAUAUUCAAAAUCUCCAAAGAUGAGGUGGCUUUGUUUACAUGGAAGGGGAACGAGCGCACAGAUUUUUGAGAUGCAGACCGCAAGGAUCCGGGAGGCUCUUGGACGAGACCACGAAUUCGUCUUCGCGAACGGCACAGUUGCCACGCCGCCCCAAGUCGGUGCUGAGGCUCUCGCUGACGAAUUUUUCGGGUAUGUUGCGCAUAACGUAGAACAAGACCAAGAUCUUUGCGACAACAUGAUAGAGUUCGUGGAGAGCCGAGGCCCAUUCGACGGGAUUAUGGGGUUCUCCGAGGGCGGAACGGUGGCGGCCAUGAUGCUGGUCGAGGACGCAAGACAUGGUUCUUUCGGUGGGUUCAAAUGCGCUGUGCUUUUCAGCGCAGCUCCACCGUUCGACCCUGACCUAGUCCGAUCUGGCGUAAUCAAGCACGCCGAUCCAGACACGGAUGGGGUUUUGCUGAAGAUUCCAACCGCCCAUAUCUGGUCCCGGACUGCUGGACCCGAUGAGAUUAAAGUCCACGAAUCUUUAUCUCGACUUUGCGAUGAUCAAGUCAGGGAGGUGUUUCUGCACGAUCUAGGCCAUGAUGUCCCAGGCGCAAAAUCGGAUGAGGGCUUAGCUGGGACACUUCGCGCAAUUGAACGUGUCAUCGAGAAUGCGAUGGACGACGCGCGAUGAGUCCCAAAGGGGGGGGAUGAACAUCGUGGAGUUCAGUCGGUAUAAAGAU